GGCGGCUUCGGCUCCGGCUCCCGGCACCAACCGGAAGCGCGGGGGACGGAGCGGGAGACGCGGUCGCGCCGGUUGUAGUCUCCCUCGCCGGCUCCGGGAUCGGCGCCGCUCGGGUCCCGCCAGCCCGGAGCCCCUCGGGAAAGGUUUUGCUGUGGUAUAUUUUGUCAUUAUGAGAUGUCGUCUACCAGUGCUUCAUUUGUGCAAAUUAAAUUUGAUGACUUGCAGUUUUUUGAGAACUGCGGUGGAGGGAGUUUUGGGAGUGUCUACCGAGCCCGAUGGAUUUCCCAGGACAAGGAGGUGGCAGUAAAGAAGCUUCUCAAAAUAGAAAAAGAGGCAGAAAUACUCAGUGUGCUCAGUCACAAAAACAUCAUUCAGUUCUACGGAGCUGUCAUUGAACCUCCAAAUUAUGGCAUAGUUACAGAGUAUGCUUCUGCUGGCUCACUGUUUGAUUACAUUAAUAGUAACAAAAGUGAAGAGAUGGAUAUGGAUCAUAUCAUGACCUGGGCCACGGACAUAGCUAAAGGAAUGCACUAUUUACACAUGGAAGCUCCAGUCAAAGUUAUCCACAGGGACCUGAAGUCCAGGAAUGUUGUUAUAGCUGCUGAUGGUGUGUUAAAGAUCUGUGAUUUUGGUGCCUCAAGAUUCCACUCCCAUACGACACACAUGUCAUUAGUGGGCACUUUCCCAUGGAUGGCCCCAGAAGUUAUUCAAAGUCUUCCAGUGUCUGAAACAUGUGACACAUACUCAUACGGAGUGGUUCUCUGGGAGAUGCUAACAAGGGAGGUCCCCUUUAAAGGCUUGGAAGGAUUACAAGUAGCUUGGCUUGUAGUGGAAAAAAACGAGAGAUUAACCAUUCCAAGCAGCUGUCCCAGAAGUUUUGCAGAACUGAUGCACCAAUGUUGGGAUGCUGAUUCAAAGAAAAGACCAUCUUUCAAGCAGAUUAUUUCAAUCUUGGAGUCUAUGUCAAAUGACAGCAACCUUCCAGACCAGUGUAACUCAUUCCUGCAUAACAAGGCGGAGUGGAGAUGUGAAAUUGAAGCAACCUUGGAGAGACUAAAGAAACUGGAGCGUGAUCUGAGCUUUAAAGAGCAGGAACUAAAGGAACGGGAGAGACGUUUGAAGAUGUGGGAGCAGAAGUUAACUGAACAAUCAAAUACUCCUUUGCUGCCCUCCUUUGAUAUUUGUGCAUGGACCGAAGAAGAUGUGUUUUUCUGGAUGCAACAACUUACUAGAAAAGGUGAUACUUCUGGUGAAAUGAAUGUCUAUGCUAGCUUGUUUAAGGAACAUCAUAUCACUGGGAAGCAGUUGCUUCUUCUAGAAGAAGAGGAUUUGAAGGACAUGGGAAUUGUUUCCAGAGGACACAUCAUCCAUUUAAAGACUGCUAUUGAGAAGUUAACCCAUGACUACCUAAAUCUAUUUCAUUUUCCACCAUUAAUUAAGGAUUCUGCAGGUGGAACUGAAGAAAGCAUUGAGAAAGUAGUGAAUCUUGAACUUGUUUUUGGUUAUCACUUGAAGCCGGGAAGCGGUCCAAAGGAUUGUAAAUGGAAAAUGUACAUGGAGAUGGAUGGGGAUGAAAUUGCAAUAACCUACAUAAAAGAUGUGACAUUCAACACUAACCUACCUGAUGCAGAGAUUCUAAAGAUGACAAAGCCACCGUUUGUAAUGGAGAAAUGGAUUGUGGGCAUAGAAGAGCACCAGUCUGUAGAAUGUGUUGUUACGUAUGAGAGUGAUGUUAGAGCUCCCAAAAGCACGAGGCACAUCCAAGCUAUCUGCUGGAGCAAGGUGAAAGCGCAGGACGAGGUUGAGGCAGUACAGCUCUUGAUACAGACCUCGCUCCCCAAUUCGGAGGGGAAUUCACGGAGCAGAUCUGACUCAGGCACUGACAGUCAGUGGAUGCAGACCCUGCGCAUGCACCAGAUAGCAAAAGCCAUUUCUCUCCAGCACGGCCACCCCCACAGCCCGACCACGGUCACGCACUACCUGCCCUACCUUCGCAGCCAGGACUCCUACGCCGCUGCCGUCAGGAGGACACGCGCUCCCGUCAGUCACCAGUUCACAUCCAUCGGCCACUCGAGGAAUUCCUCUCCCCUGUCACACAGUUUGAUGAGAAACCUUUCGAAUCUGCACUUGAACUCAAAAGGCAGCAGCGCCUCCAGCACGGCCUCUGACACCCCUUCAGAGAGGGACAGGUCCGCCGGCAAAGGCAGAAGCGCCUCACACAGCGCUCCCUCCCGCAGCUCCUCGGACGGGCGGCGCAGCGGGACCGGCUCCCCGGGGCCCCCUCGGCACUCGGGGAGACCCAGCAGGACUCCUUUGCCAGCGGCCCCCCCGGCUUCCCAGCACCGCAGGUACCCCCGCGCCCCUCCGCAGCCCACGGCCAUCCCCGGCAUGCCCCCGCAGGGUGACAGCCAGCCCAGGAGGGGCGAAGGGGAGAGCAGAGCCAGCGAGGGCGGGUGGAUAAAGGUGCAGCACUCGAGGAAACCCCACAGGCAGGCCGCCGGCAAGCCGGGAAAGGAGAGAGCCAGGGGCAGCUGGCGGGGCCGGAGGAUGUUCUGAGAGGAAUUUUGCCCUUUAUUUAACUGAACGUUCGAUCUUAGAGAAGAUACGCCUGCUCCUAUUUAAUUUGCUUCACCGAAGCCGGUACCCACCUGGCUGCGGCCUCUCCUGUCACUGUCAGCACCAAGGGAUUUAAUCUGGUUUUCUCCCCUCUGUUUGGCUGCUCGUGUUCUCAGUUGACUGGAUAUCCACUCACUUGCUUAAUAUGUCAAAAAUAAAGUCCGUGAGGCACAGCCAGGUGCCACAAAGAAAGGCUCUCUGCUUCAUCCUUAGGAGAGUUGUGCUGUUACCUCUCUCUCCUCUCCUCCCUUUGCCUCUAGAUGCUGAAUCCAGCUCUGAGCAGGGUCUUCUCACCCCUUCUCUAGCCUGCUUCUGCCAGGGCUGUAGGAAGAGCCCAGCAUAGUCUGAAAAAAGGGACAGAAGGACAUUUUUCUUCAGGUCCACUUUAGUAGCUUCACUUCUCUACUUUCAGCUUGCCAUCCCUUGUCAGGAAUUUCUUACUUUGUUCCUUAUUAAAAGCCCCAACAUUAGCUAUCCAACAUCACUGAGCACACUCUGUCACGUACACAGUUGUCUUAAUCAGGAGAAUCAAAAACUAGGCUUUAUUCUUUUGAGGGAAAAGAAUUAAAAUAGAGUGAGAAGAAGGCAUUGUCUUUAUCAUAGUUACAACUAGCCCCACUGAGGUCUAUGAUAAUAUUUAUCCUUGUGCAGCUGGUAUUUUUUAAUUGAAUUUUUAAAUGUGGCCAGACUGUGUCACUUUUGUCUUUCAGUAUUCAGGUAGUAAAGACAAGGUCAGCAAAGUUUCUGAUUAAUGUGGUCUUUAGCUCUGCUGAGAACAAAGACACAGCUUAGACUCAGUUGGCGUCAGAAAGUUUCUUCAUGGCCUUUUCACUCCAAGUUGAUUUCACACAAUUAAAAAGGAGAAAAAAAAAGUUUGGGUUUCACACGAUGCAAGAGAGAAAAAAAGGAAGAAACAGAUAAAGGGAGCUGAACCCAAAGCAAUGCAGGGUACCCUCUGAAAGCCAAGGAUCUGUAAAUUAGAGAUGGCUUUGAGCAGGGUGCUGCAGCCCACCCAUCCCAGGUGGUACCUGCUGGCACAGCUCCGUGAGCGAUGCCAGCUGAGCUGCUGGCAUGUCACCCGCUCGGGGUGAGGGGCUAUCACCAUAGCCCUGUCACUGAAUGUUCUAAAGGACAUGUAAAUUCCCUGCUCCGCACAAAGGCCACCCCUCUGGGUACGUGCAACUCUCCUUUGAUCGCCACCAGCCCCAGCGAGGGCUGAGUCCUGGGGUGAGUUUCCAACACCUACCAGAGUGAACUGGGACUCAUAUUUCAUGAAUUCAGGACAGGGUCCUCCAAAACCAACGGAGCAAGACACAAAUGACACCGGGUGUCAGGAAUUGGACCUCUGUCACUCAAGUGCCUUUUCCUCGGACAGCAGUUAAGAGCAUAAAAAAUAGGAGCUUUACCUUGAAGCGAAUUCAGCUUCAUGUGAUGCCCUGCGGUAACAAAGUUUGCCAUUUUCUUGUGGCUUCACACUGGCUGAAAGCUAGUUAGUAAUUCAGUUUCUGGGCCUGGUUUACUGAGCCUGACAACUAAUUUGGGGGACAUGGACAAUCUAGGGCUGGAUGUUUCUCUGUCACAACUUAGCAGGGGACUAGGAUUCUGUCUAAGCUGGGGAUCCUUUCCUGACAUUUUUUGCCAUGGCCAAAAUGGGCUGGAAGAUACCAACUAAUAUUAACUGUGCCUGAGAGUAGUCGCUAGGAAUGUGCUUGCAUUAUUAAAAUUUAGAUGUGCAUCUCAGGAAUCACAGUUGGGCCUCCAUAAAUCCUAAGAAAGAAAUUGCAAGAGUUUGGAAAGGCACCUUUCUCUUCUAGGUUGAUCAGGAUGGUGGUGUAGUUGUACGAGUCUGAGACAUUGUGGGCUGGUGGUGGCAAUUCAAGAUUUAUCAGCUGUCUGUGGUUGUUUGUCAAGUUGUCUAGCAGGAUUCCUCUGCUGUUUGUAAGCUAUUUUAUGCUCUGCCUAAUUUUAAUCUGCAAUAUACUGUU